GCGGGGAAAGUUUUUGUUGGGGGGAAGAAAUUUGGCGUGACAACGCUCAGUGUGACCGGAAGUAGUGUGCAGCUUCAGUUCUGGUUGUAAUUGUGGUGUUUUUCUCACGUUUGUCAGGGGUUGGCGGUUCCGAUGGGCACAAAUCUGGAGCGCAGCCCGCGGACACUACUUGUCAGUGAAAGGUCCAGUUUAUUAGAUGACAAGAACCGGCUAAGCGCUCAGGUGGAGCAGCAGCACUUUAAUCACAAGGUGACUGUGCUGCUGCCCGAGUGUGACUCCGCCCCCUCUCAGCUGGAUGUGGCAUUGAAGAGUUUCCAAAGUUUCUAUUUGAUCCGGAAACUGCCGCUCCAUGAACUGCUGAACAAAGACUUUGUGCAGGCUGCUGUAUGCCAAGGAGGCGUGUAUGGCCUGUCAUACAAGACUCGAAUUGAGGAAGACAACUGUGUCUUCCUAUUGCCAAAUGGACGCCUGUGUCUUUCUUUGGACAAGGACUCCUACGAGCUGUUAGGGGUUGAAGGGAAAGCAUGGAAGUCAAAGUUGCCAAGAUACGUCAUUACAAUUGAUAUGACUCUUGGUGAGCGGGGUUACCAGCGUCUACUCACAGGUCUGACGUCACGACUUCCAUUAAAGAUGGACUUCCUCUUGUGUCAUUCAGAGGGUGGAGCCAUACUGCAGCCACUCCUUUCACGAUAUGACUGGUCCGAGCACACGCCGAAGGUCAGAAGUCAAAUGCUGGCACAACUGCCCUGUCCUGCCCUGCUGACCUCUGACCUGCAGUCAUACGACCCAUUCAGCUUGCUGGAGUGGCUCGGCGCUGUGGCCGCCGACGUGAGCUGUGACAACAAGUCUGGCAGCUUCCUGUCCUCGUUGGCGUAUCCAGAACCGACAAACACAACCGCUCAGAGCCUUAGCCUUUCUGUGUGCGGCCUGCUACUUCCUUGCGACAUCCUGGUGCUCAUUCAAGAGCUUAGGCGUUACCUGGAGCGACCCCGCUCGAUGUCCUGGGUGGCCAUGACUGUUCAUGGCUUCAUUGAUAAUCUGCACGCGCAUGGUGGACCUUUCUACACUCUGGUCCUCUUCCAAGACCAAACCUACUGCCUGCACAUGGCCACGCCUACCUCAUGACCACACCUACUGCCUGCAGAUGGCCACGCCUACCACAUGACCACACCUACUGCCUCAUGGCCACGCCUAAACUGUGACCAAUUGUUCCAAUGGAACCUAAUGGGUCAUAAUUAAAGCAUUAAUGAGGUAUCAUUAUUCCAUCCAUCUAUUUUCUACCGCUUGUCCCUAUAGGGGUCGCAGGGAUUGCUGGAGCCCAUCCCAGCUGCAUUUGGGCGGAAAGCGAGGCACACCCUGGACAAGUCGCCACCUCGUGUUCUUUAAAAAAAAAAAAAUACAACUAUUGUGG